ACUUGCAUCCCUUGCUACAGGGCCCAGACAAAAUAAUAGCAUUUUCUAUGAAAUUCGCACAUAUGAUAUUAAGCCAUCAAAGAUGAAGGAGUUUGUGGAAAUUGUCAACAAGUACUUUCACCUUCGCACAGCUCACUCGGAGCUGGUGGGAUUCUGGUCUGCGGAGCUGGGAGCAAUGAAUAAGGUUAUCCACGUUUGGAAGUACGAUAAUUUUGCCCACAGAACAGCAGUCCGGCAUGCACUAGCCAAUGACAAAGACUGGCAGGGAAAAUUCAUCUCUGCAGCUCUCCCCUUGAUAGAAAAACAGCACAAUGAGGUUGCUUAUCUGGUACCCUGGUGUCAACUUGGGAAGCCUCCAAAAGAAGGGGGAGUAUAUGAAUGGGUUACUUUUCAGAUGAAGCCUGGUGGGCCAGCAUUGUGGGGUGAAGCAUUUCGAGCUGCAAUCAAUGCUCACAUCAACACAGGCUACACCAAGCUGAUCAGUGUUUUCCACACAGAGUAUGGAUUACUUAACACAGUCCAUGUGAUCUGGUGGAAUGAGAGCCCAGAUCACCGGGCAGCAGGAAGGCACAGUGCCCAUGAAGAUGCCAGAGUCGUAGCAGCUGUGCGGGACAGCGUCAGAUUCUUGGAGUCCCAGCAAAAUGUGCUCCUGGUUCCUCUGCAAUGCUCACCGCUGAAGUAA